AUGAGCAACGAGGAGUCAUGGAUCCUAUUCAUAGCGGGCCCCGCUGGAUCAGGCAAGAGUUCUGUUGCCAAUUUUCUCGCUUCAACUUUACAAGCUCGCUUCAUAGAGGGCGAUGAUCUUCAUCCAAAAGCCAACAUCGACAAAAUGCAUAGAGGAGAACCGUUGACUGACUCAGAUCGUCAGGGGUGGUUUGAAGCAAUUAACGAGCAAGCUUCAGCCUAUAACAAGCAACGGCUGCAGCGCCAUCAUCUCAUAAUCACAUGCUCCGCUCUGAAACGAGCCCACAGAGAUAUUCUGAGAGAAAGCUGCCAACGAGCCGGGUACUCUCUUGUACAUUUCUUCUUUCUUGACGCGCCGGAGUCUGAAUUGCGCCGGAGAACAGAGGCCAGAAAAAACCACUUUGUAAAGUCAAAUCUUGUCCACAGCCAAUUCGAGGUGUUAGAGCGCCCGAGGAUCAAUGAGUACGAUGCUACGAUAAUUAGUGUAGUACCGCCGUUAGAUGAAGUGCAGAGUGAAGCACUAAAGGUAGCAGCUCAGCUUGUUAAGAAAGAGUCAUAA